CGUGGGCAGGGUGUUGGCGAAGCUCCGCUUCUGGGUCACAUAUCCGCCUCCUCGAGACGAGCUGCCUCGUUGUGUGCGCGCGUGCCGUCUCGAGAACUCAGCGUGCUGUCAGGUAAACGACCUCCAGCGUAAAGAUGUCAAAGGUCGGUGCUCUGCUGCUGAUGACACUCGUGUCCCUGGUGGCGGCCGAGGAACAGACAAUGGAGGAGGACCCCUUCACCUUCGACUACCACCGGCUGCGUGUCGGAGGCCUGAUCCUCGCCGCUGUGCUUUGUCUCAUUGGCAUCACCAUCCUGUUCAGUGGCCACUGCAGGUGCAAGUUCAACCAGGACAAGAGGAGGAGGACAGGAAGCAAUGCUCAGCAGAUGCUCUCCGACCAAGGUCGCUCCGGCGAGUGCUAGAUGUCGACCAGAACACACACACCGACUUCCCCAACCUGCAACCAACCGAUGAGGAGGAGCAGGAAGAGGAGGAAGAGGAGGAGGAGGAGGAGUUGAUACAACCAAGGAGAUUGUUUUUUCAUUGUUUUGUUUUUUUACAUUGUUUAAGAGCAACAGAAAGUAGUGUGUGUGUGUGUGUGUGUGUGUGUGUGUGUGUGGACCGGCUGUGAGGGGGGAUGCUCUCUGCCUGUUAUCUCAGCUACUGAUCUGCUGCCUACACACACACACACACACACACACACACACACUAUUCACUUUAAUUUCAAUCCACUUGAAACAUGUUCGGUCUUUAGAAAAACUAGAAUAUAAAGCGUUUUGAGAAUUUAAGGCUUUGUCCUUCACGGUUGAUCUAAAAAGUGACAUCGUGCAACAGCUAACACACUUAUUACCAAAAAAUCCUCAAGUUUCCGUCUGUCUCGUUGCCUUGUGUGUGUAAGGUAGAAAUCGAUGUAGAUUUUAGUCUCAUCCUGUGACCACCUAACCCUCUGUCCAUGCUUCAGUGUCACAUACAUGAACCACAUAGUCUCCAGGGUUCACAGUGCUGUCGAUUCAUGAUAAUCUGUUAAUGUUUAGCUUCAUGGAGGAAAGUAGUGGAUUGCACUGUUCAGAGAUACAGCCAGACUCUGUCAUGUUUCUAUAAAAUAAUUGUUGAAACCAACAA